AACGACAAAGGUGGGAGAGGAAACUAUCUCUCUCUGUCUCUGAGUCUCAGACUUCCACCAUCUCUCUUGUCCUGUGCUGCUGUGCAUCACUAAGAACCAACUCGAUUUUCUCCUCAAAAAUUAUUUAUGAUUAGAGACUAAAAAGGACUAGAAUUAAGAAUUAGGUUUUCAGUAAUCAGAUCUGUUCGAUUCUUUUGUUUCUUCACUGUGUAGACCAUUAAAUUUCCAGAGCUCAAGGGAAAGAAGAAGAAGGAGGGGAUCUUGAAAGGGUUGAAGACAAGAAGACAAAGGUUGGAGUAAUUCUUUCUUCUUCUUUCGUCUUCUUCUUUCAUCUUCUUCUUUAAUGCAUUGUGGUAAGGAGGUUACUUGGUUGUUGACUUGUUGGAGAAGAAUUAAUGGAGGCGAUUCAGUAAUUUAAUGAGCCUUACAGAAGAGGGAGAGUGAAGAAGCACGUGGUUCCUCAAUCGUUUCCAACCGUAAGAUAUGGACUUCAAAAGCAGAAGCAGUUAUUAAAAUUGGGGUCACCCUUCACCUGCUUACUUUCCAGGCAAUGCACGCCUGUCAACUACACCUCUCUCUCUCUCUCUCUCUCUACUCCUUGCUUCACUUCUCACUCCUUUGGAGAUUUUGUCUCUCUCUCUCUCUCUCUCUGAAACUUUUUGAAGCUCUGAAAUCUGGAAACCUUGCCUAGGGUUUCUUUCUGGGAGAUCCGAGGUGAUUCUUCACGAUUGGCAUUGUUAGUGACUGAGAAGAACGAAGGAACGAAGGAGUAAGGAGGAAGAUGUUGUUGUUUAGAAGUGACAAUGGAGUUUUUCUCAUUCUCGAAGAUUACUCGUUAAGAUCAGGAGUCUUACGCUUUCGUGACAGAUAAUGCCGAAGCCGGAAGGCUAGAUUUUCGAUCAUUGAGGGGAUUUUGUCUCCUUUUCAGUGAACAUGAGAAGAAUCCGGCGAUUUUUUUAUCGGUUUCUUCUUCUGUUCGUCACUGCAUUACUGAGAUCCACUGUUUACCCCUUGACGGAAAAGGAGAUCCUGCUUGAAUUCAAAGGAAAUAUUACCGACGAUCCUUUUAAUACCUUAAAUUCGUGGCAACCAGACAGAGAUCCUUGCACGGAUUACCGUGGCGUGUUUUGCAAUCCCCAAGGAUUUGUUGAGAGAAUAGUGUUGUGGAAUACAAGUCUCGCUGGAGUGUUGUCGCCGAGCUUAUCUGGUUUGAAAUUAUUGCGGACAUUGUCGUUAUACGGGAAUCGAUUUACUGGUUCCUUACCUUCAGAAUUUGCAGAGAUAGUGACACUGUGGAAGCUUAAUUUGAGUACUAAUGUGUUAUACGGACGGAUUCCUGAGUACCUCGGAGAUCUUCGGAGUCUUCGGUUGCUGGAUUUGUCUAGCAAUGGCUUAACCGGAGUAAUUCCUGAAGCUCUCUUCAAGAACUGCUUCAAGACGAGGUUCAUUUCUUUCGCGCACAACAGUCUCUCCGGUUCAAUUCCUCUAUCUAUUGCAAAAUGCUCGAAGCUUGUCGGAUUCGACUUUUCUUUCAACAAUCUCAGUGGAAGUUUUCCAGCACAGAUUUGUGACCCUCCGAGCAUGUCCUAUGUAUCCCUGAGAAACAAUUCUUUAGAAGGAAACAUCCCAAAGCAGAUUUCGGAGUGCCAAAGCUUGAAAUUUUUGGAUCUUGGAAGCAAUUUUUUUACUGGUUUGGUUCCUUUCAAUCUUCUUGGACUGAAAAAUCUCAGCCAUUUCAACUUAUCGUCAAACCAGUUUCAGGGAGAUAUCCCCGCGAUACAAACCUGCAGCGAUCGAAUGGAAACUUUUGAUGUUUCAAGAAAUGAUUUAAGUGGAGAGAUCCCUCCAAGCCUUAAGAAUUGCAGAAGCCUAAGGAGUUUGGAUGCAAGUUUUAACCAACUCAACGGCAGUAUUCCGCUGGAGCUCGGAAGCAUUGAAUAUCUACAGGUUCUUGAUUUGCACAACCUUCGCCUUACUGGUGAAAUCCCAAACGAGAUAAGCAAUUGCAGAUUUUUGCUUGAGCUGGUUCUUUCCGGGAAUGGCUUACAGGGAGGAAUACCUUCGACCCUAUACAACAUGACAUACCUGAAAACUCUUGACCUACAUCAGAACCAUCUCAACGGAAGCAUAUCACCGAAUCUGGGAAAGCUGUCUUGGAUUCAAUUGCUUGAUCUAUCGGAAAAUUCACUCUCAGGGCCAAUUCCUGAGUCCCUUGGAAAUUUAGCAUUGCUGACUUACUUCAAUGUUUCCUUCAACAACCUCACCGGGGAGAUUCCUGCCAUUCCCACCUUGCUGAAAUUUGGCGCCGCCGCAUUCUCCCAUAAUCCUGGGCUUUGCGGCGCUCCUCUUAAUACGCUCUGUGAAGGCAAUCACACCACAUCGACUUCAGGGAAAGCCAAGGUACUGAGUGUUUCAGCAAUAGUAGCCAUUGUUGCUGCUGCAGUAAUCUUCACUGGGGUUUGCGUGAUCUCCUUCAUGAACAUAAGGGCUAGGAGGAAGAGGGAAAACGAGGUGUUGGUUGUGGAGAGCACCCCGCCUGCUUCAACAGAUUCAAACGUUAUUAUUGGGAAGCUGGUUCUGUUCAGCAAAAGCCUGCCUUCAAGGUAUGAGGAUUGGGAAGCGGGGACAAAAGCUUUGCUUGACAAGGAUUGUCUAAUUGGUGGGGGGUCGAUCGGGACAGUUUACAAAAGCAGUUUUGAAGGUGGAGUCUCCAUUGCAGUGAAGAAGCUCGAGACACUAGGAAGGAUCAGGAACCAAGAUGAAUUUGAGCAGGAGGUUGGGCGACUGGGCACUCUUCAACACCCCAACCUCGUUGCUUUCCAAGGCUACUACUGGUCCUCUACAAUGCAGCUAAUUCUGUCCGAAUUCGUUUCCAAUGGGAAUCUGUAUGAUCAUCUACAUGGAGUAAGUUUGCCUGGCACCAGCACCAGUGGUGGCAGGAGUGAACUGUACUGGUCUAGGAGGUUUCAGAUUGCCCUUGGAAUAGCGAGAGCUCUUGCUUACCUUCACCAUGACUGUAAACCACAAGUACUACAUCUUAACAUCAAGUCCACCAAUAUACUUUUAGAUGAAAGAUACGAAGCCAAGUUAUCUGAUUAUGGAUUGAUCAAGUUGCUACCCAUGUUGGGUAGUCAUGGUUUAACCAAGUUCCACACAGCUGUUGGAUAUGUUGCACCAGAGCUGGCUAGUCAGAGCUUAAGGUUCAGUGAUAAAUGUGAUGUCUAUAGCUUUGGAAUCAUCUUACUAGAACUGGUUACUGGGAAGAAACCGGUAGAAAGUCCAGUGGCAACUGAGGUGGUGGUUCUGUGUGAAUACGUUAGGGGAUUGUUGGAGAAUGGCGCAGCUUCAGAUUGCUUUGACCGAACCUUGCGAGGGUUUGCAGAGAAUGAGCUGAUUCAGGUCAUGAAGUUGGGGUUAAUAUGUACUUCUGAGGUACCUUCCAGGAGACCCAACAUGGCAGAGGUUGUUCAAGUUCUGGAAUCCAUUAGAUCUGGUUCAGAAUCACAAUAGUCAAAGGGAAGAAUUGAAGAUGGGGUCUCAGACCCCUAAAAGAGUUGUUGGUUACUUGGUUUGGUGUAGAUUAGGUACCUAAAUAUUCCAAGAAAGAAAAUGGGACCCCCGGAAGCAUUUGGAAAAAAAGGGGGGGGGGGGGUGGACGCCUGGACGGGGAGAUAUGGAAAAAACACGAAAACAUUCUUUUUUAUUCUUUUUGUGGUUAUCAACUUACCGUUGUGAAUUGAGGGAAUUCUUCAUUGUUGAAAUAAAAUCAGUUAAUUCUUCCAUCA